AUGGAUGGAAGAACAGAGGUCAGGCCCAUCGUGCAGAUUGCCGGCAACAAUGCAGUACAGCUUCUCGACUUGAGGGACCUGAGCAUCCGAAAGGCUGUAAGCAUCGGCGAGAGCGUUGGAAGCGGGACGCUCGUCUCCAAGACGAAACUCGCCCGCACGAAAGAGGAGGUCACCAUGGCCUUUGCCUGCUUCUCGACUGUUAGCAGGGAGGCUUCUGGCUCUGUCUUGAACAUCGUGGGAAAUGCGCGAGUCCGGCUCGGCCAUCCCGUGCCGGCCAUCCCGUGCCGGAUAUCCUCGCCCCCAGGCCUCGGCCUGUUCACGUGCACAGACGUUUCAGCCAUCUCGAUGCCCUCAUAA